AUCACACACACAUCAAAAUGGCCGUUGAAGAAUUGAAGAAGACCGUCUCCAAGUUGCAAGAAAGAAUUACCGCUUUGGAAAAGCAGGCUGGCAUCAUCCCGCAGGUGCCAAAGUCCAUCAGAAUGGUUUUGAUUGGCCCACCAGGCGCCGGUAAGGGGACCCAGGCGCCUAACUUGAAGGAAAAGUUCUGCGCCUGCCACUUGGCCACCGGUGACAUGUUGAGAGCCCAGGUUACUGCCCAAACUGCGCUCGGGAUCGAAGCCAAAAAGAUCAUGGACCGGGGUGGCCUCGUGUCCGACGAGAUCAUGGUCAACAUGAUUAAGUCUGAAUUAGAAAGCAAUAAGGAGUGUCAGACUGGCUUUAUUUUGGACGGUUUCCCAAGAACCAUUCCACAGGCUGAAAAGUUGGAUGGUAUGUUGAAGGAGCGCAAGACUCCGUUGGAAAACGCCAUCGAGUUGAAGAUUGACGACGAAUUGUUGGUCGCCAGAAUCACCGGCAGAUUGGUCCACCCAGCAUCCGGCAGAUCCUACCACAAGUUGUUCAACCCACCAAAGACCGACAUGAUCGACGACGUCUCCGGUGAGCCAUUGAUCCAGAGAUCCGACGACAACGCCGAGGCUUUGACCAAGAGAUUGGUCACCUACCACAAGCAGACCGAGCCGAUUGUCGAAUACUACAGAAAGAAUGGUAUUUGGUCCGGCGUUGACGCCUCCCAGGCCCCAAAUAACGUCUGGACUUCUAUUUUGAAGUGCUUGGGGCAGUAAAUCGGUCCUUUGGCCCGCUCCGUGUAAAUACGAACUAAAUGUCAAUGACACUGAACCUGCACAGGUAUGUAAUACGAGGGGCCAUUUGUGAAAGAAUGUAAAAAGGGCAAUAAUUGUUCAAUUGGUGGGAUGUGGCAAGGUAGUCUCCAAUAUGACACGCAUGUGGGUUUGAUCAAAUGAUCUGCGUAGUUACAGGUUAAGUGCUCUCGGUUAAAACUUGAUCAUAUUUACGACAUAGAAGGCUCCUUAAUAUACAGAAAAGGUAGCAGUACCGAUAAAUAAGAGAUGUCGAACUACUGAAAUAAAU